AUGGCCUCGGCAAACCCCUCCGCCGACGACUACGUGGGUUUCUACCUCGACCGGCCGACCGAGAAGCAGCUCGACGAGCUCGAAGCGCUGCGAGCGCACGCCCUCGACCACCCGCUGGAGCCGGGCAACUCGCUCAGCUGGCAAGGGCCGAACCUGCACCCCGAGUCGCUCCCUCCUGCGGACUACCCUCGCCCGACGACGCCGCUCCCUUCGCCGCACGAGCCUCGCCCGCUCCUCGCCGCCCUUCUCGCCCACGACUCGCCGGCCCAGUCAGGUCGCGGCUGGUCGCUCCGCCUCGUCGAUGGCCUGCAGACGGGCGCCGACCAGUGGUCGCAAGUUUGGCGCUGCGAGGCGGUCGACGGGCAAGGGCGCGAGGUCGGGCGAGUCGUCCUCAAGCUCUACCACCAGGCCCUCUUUCGUUUUCCCGACGGCGACGAGUGGCCAGAUGUCGAGCAAGAAGUCUUCUUCUGGUGGCCGGCGCGUCACGCCGAGGCGUGCGAGUCGAGAGCGUACCGCGACCUCUCGGCGUAUCAAGGGCGAGACGUUCCUUUCUGCUACGGGUUCUACAUGUUCCGCCUCCCCGACGGCAACGACGUCGUCGGCGUCGUCCUCGAAGACCUCGUCGACAAGGUCGUUCCCUUCGCCAAGCUCGUCGAGGACCCGACCACCGCGCAACGCGGCACGUACGAGCAAGUCGCCGAGCUCGCCUACUCCGCUUUCGAGCUUCACCGCCGAGUCACCGAGUGCGGGAUCCUGCACGUCGCCAAAUACGCCGAGGACCUGCACCAGCUCAAGGGAAGCUGGUCAUGCAUCAUCGCGACGGGCUUUGGCCACCCCCUCUUCCUCGACCGAGCGCGCGAGGUCCAUCGUCGCACCCUUGAGCGCGAGCGUGCGCAGGGUCCGCUCGAGCCGUGGGCCGAAAUAUUCUGCGCCCUGAGCAACAGUCAGGUUGGCGUCAGGAGCACGGUCGAGGAGCUCUUCCGUGCGAUGGGGCACGACUUUCGGCGGUGGCGUGACGAGGAGCGAGCGCAGGAGCGGCUCGCCUUUCUCGAGGACCGCGUCUUGUAG